UCAAUACCAAAACAUUCGACGCAAUCCAUGUCAUUCAGUCAUAGUUUCACUGGGAAUAAUAAUGGCGACAGCGAAAACCUCGUUCGAAAUUGUCGGCGAUGAAUCGCCAAAAGAGGUCGCUGAAGUUGAUCAUGCGACCGGCCAAGUUUGUGAUUUCGAAGGAAAUCUUGGUCAAGGCGAACAGCCUGCAAAUGUGGAAGAGUAUGACCCUUCAUCAGAACAGUCCACAGAAACAGAGGAAGCAGGGAAGCCUGGACUGUCUUUUGGAUCUUUUCGGCAAGCUCACCAUGAUCAGAUGGAGAAGAGGCCAGAUACUUGUGAAAAAGAGAAUUCUGAACUGGUUCAGUCAGGGAGGGAUGAAUUUCACACAAGGAAUCGAGAGCGUAGACACAGAGUACAACAGUUAUUCUCUGAGGGAUUCACUAGGGUGUCCCAGAAGCCCGGCAAAUGGGAUCAUACUGGAGCAAGACCCAAAGUAUCCCAGGAAAUAGAUUCAUACAGUGAGCUCAUGUUAAGAGCAAUUGAGUCCAGCAGAGCUAAACCAUUCUCAGUGGAGUCUCAAAUUGGUCAAAGAAGUGACCAUGGUUCACUGAGUUUCUCACUUCCGCUAAGGGAUCAACAAUCAAAGAUAGAUGGAAGAGAUGGUUCAGGCAAUCGGGUGUCUCCUUCCAGUGCUGGGCUUGUUACUGAGCCUUUGCCUAACUCUGCUGAAGGCAGUGAAGUUGACACCCCUUUUAUCGGCACUAUCCAAAUGCCUGGCAACUUGGAGCAAACUUGUGCAAGACGAAAGGAAAAGAUAGAAGGGAGAGAUGGUUCAAGAAAUCAAGUGUCUGCCUCCAGUACUGGGCUUGUUAGUGAGCCUUUGCUUAACUCUGCUGAAGGUGGUGAAAUUGACUGUGUUGUUCCUAGCACUAUCCAAAUGCCUGCCCUGGGAGAAUCACAGCCACCAAUGACUGGACUACCCCUGGCUACACCUGGAAUUUACCCCUCGUUUAUGGCCAGACACCCAACAGACCAGUCUCUCUGUGGUGGUCCAGCUGUGAGCAACACUGCUGCUCCAGGCAAUGAACCUGAAGUAAGAAGUGCUGUAUUGCCUCCCAUUAACAACACUUCACCAGCACUGGGAAGAUCACAGCCCCCAACAGCUGGACUACGCCUGGCUACACCUGGAAUUUACCCCUAAUUUUUGGCCAGACA